AGAACUAGAAGAUGAGUUUCACCAAUUUGGCAGCUCUCUUUUUUCUUGUUCUUGCCUUGUUCUUGUUCUAUAGAUACACUUCUUUUUCUUCCCCUCAAACUAUGGCUGAAGGAUCCCCCAAAUCCAUUUAUGAUUUCACUGUCAAGGAUAUAUUGGGAAAUGAUGUACCUUUGAGCAAUUAUAGGGGAAAGGUUCUUCUUAUUGUCAAUGUUGCAUCAAAAUGUGGUUUAACAGAUUCAAACUACAAGGAGCUGAAUAUUCUGUAUGAGAAGUACAAAGAUCAAGGAUUUGAAAUUUUAGCAUUUCCUUGUAACCAGUUCUUGUGGCAAGAACCUGGAACAAAUGAGGAGAUUCAGGAAACUGUAUGCAUCAGGUUCAAAGCUGAAUUCCCUGUAUUUGAAAAGGUUGAUGUGAACGGGGAUAAUGCUGCACCACUUUUCAAGUUCUUAAAAUCAGAAAAAGGCGGUUUCCUUGGAAAUGCUAUCAAGUGGAACUUCACCAAAUUCCUUGUGAACAAAGAAGGAAAGAUUGUGGAACGAUAUGCACCCAGGACACCUCCUCUUCAGUUUGAGAAAGACAUACAAAAUCUGUUGGGUUCUUCUUGAGCAUCCAGGACUAUCGAAAAAGAAUCUGUUCUUUCUAUAAGGCGAGUGUGAGACUCCAGCAUAUGC